GUGAAAAAGAAAUUGUCGGAAAGUUUGAAAUCAGGGGCUAGUUAUCAGUUAUAUCAAUAUGUGAAUGAUCUUCCGUAAUUGUUAUUCUAUAAACCCUAAUCACUACUGCUGAUCGAGUAUCAAGGGUUGACAAAAGUGAACCGGAUUCUCAACAACUGAUACGAUUGCGGAUUUAUGGGCAAACUGCUUACUGUACCUGUAUUUGGAGCAGUAGUGUCAUAUGGCAGCGGUGCUACUGAUUAUUAUGGCUGUACCGGUAUGUGUAACAGUUAACACAUACGCUUGAAACUGAUAAAGCUCAUGCAGCCCUAAAUUCGUGAAAAAUGGGCGAAAAGUGGAAUCUCAGGAGUUUGAAGGCUCCGCCAGUCUACCACGUGCGGGCGAACAACAUGGAUAUUGAGACUUUGGUUAUCCUGAAAAACACCAUUGGAGACGUAGUGGAUGCGUUAUCUAAACAGGAUGUGCUUGAUAGCGAGAGGCUGUGCCUUCAGAGAAUCCUGUAUAAACUCAACAACCAGAUGCGCCAUCAAAAACUUUUCAGUUUCUUCAAACUGAUAUCAAAGUGUUUACGUUGCUAUGUGAACCUGGAUCUGCUCACUUUGAUGAAGUCCCUUCAUGAUGAGUUUCAGAGACUGGUGGAGCAGUAUGAAGAGCAGCAGUAUGUGCCAUCAUUACAAACUCUGCAGUACCAUAUGGUGAAGCUACAAUGUGCGGCUGGUAUCUUAGCUAGAAUGGCUACUUACUGCAUUCAGGCAUAUUUUCCAGUGAAGCAAGUCAUGGCCAUUGGCCAUUUUCUCACAAAAAACAUCAUGUUUCUGGCCAUGCUGGGCAGAGUGUGGGCCCUAAGUAAAUACUUGAUCUUUGGAAUCACAAAAGGCUUUAACCAGCUAUUACCUCUUCUGUCAAAGUUUCCAGCAAGCCCAAUUUUGUGGCUUCCAGAAGAUGAGAAACUCCCUCCUGACCUAAGUGCGUGGAUAAAAACAAACUGGCCUGAAGUUGAUGUCAAUUUCAAAGGCAUCACUACUAAUCAGGAUGCAAAGGAGAUGAAGUCUGCUGAAAAAGCCGAGUCCUCAACCGCCCAGUGGGAUAUCUUCAAGUCAUCUAAUUUGUUUGGAGCGGGAAGUGAUACAGGAGUGCCAGUCAGCAAUGAGGAAGACGAAAUGGAUGAAAGCACUGAAUCACUACCUCCAUUGGAUAUGUCAUCAUCUGUAUCAGUACCAGUAGAUGUGUCAUCAUCUGUAUCAUUACCAGUAGAUGUGUCAUCAUCUGUAUCAUUACCAGUGGAUGUGUCAUCAUCUGUAUCAUUGCCAGUGGAUGUGUCAUCAUCUGUAUCAUUGCCAGUGGAUGUGUCAUCAUGUGUAUCAUUACCAGUGGAUGUGUCAUCAUCUGUGUCAUCACUAUUGUUUGGUCAGGAUGAAGACAUUGGAGUGGCACACCAUGAGAUGAGGAGCACCCUUGCAGACAAGACCGACGUGAAUUCAGUAACAUUAGACUUCAACUCAGUGCUCUUUCUUAAGACUCUUAGAGAAGCUAAGAGCUGCGAGGAGUUUUCAGCACCCUAUGCAGCCCUGAGGCACAGCGGUAGAUUGUGGAAAGGCAAUAGAGUGUGGCUGAAGGAAGAGCUUAAGAAGAUAGACAGAACGAUACAAAAGCUUCAAUCAGGACGACCAAAGAAGAAGAAAAUUGCACAUUGCAGAAACAGGAUUUCUAAAGUAUUUAACACAUUGAUGGGAGGAGUUAACAAAGGGAAUCAUUUGACAUCUCCUAAGCCAAAGAUGCUGUUACCAAUAAUACAUCAAUGUAUUUCAAGUUUAUCUAGUGUUAAGAAGGCGAAGGUCUCUCUUACUCAAAAUCAGCAGAUUAAACUUGGACCUUUUUAUACAUUACAUUUACCAAAAGCCAUAGCUGGAGCUAUAUUACAGAACUUUAAAGAAAUCAAGAAGAGGCCAGGAAACCAGACAUGCAAGCCAGUAGAGGUCUUUUUGGCAGCAGUCAAAUCAGUUCUUGUAAAAGUUUGUAAUAAAAAAGUAAAAGAUGCAAGGGUGUCUAUGAAGACUGAAACAGAAUCUCUCCUCACUGCUGGGACUAGAGGGAAAGUCAAGCGGAAGAAAACAAGAGCAAUUCAGAGUGAUGGACCUAAAAAGAAAAACAAAAACAGGCACACUUCCAAAAGCUUGUACAAUAAUUGAGUUGGAAUAUAUUUCUGUGGAAGGAAUGUGUUAUUGAGAACGGAAACUUUCAGGGUACAUAUUUCCUGCUGGCAGUAAACUAAGAUUGUGAUGUACAUGGACGUGUGGCAUGAGCAGUGAAAAAUGGAAGACGACUGACCCCACUACACUAAAUCAGUGUUAGCAGGACAACUGAAGGCAAUUCACUACUAGUUAUAGUACAUUAGUUCUCAGUCUGAAACUAUAAAACAUGGUCAUUAACCAAAGAAACUUAUGUUGAAGAAUUACACAUUGUCAAAACUGUCCACUGGAUUUAAUGUAACGUGCGAAAGGUUGGUCAUUUACCCCAGCCACACCAAACAAAACUGACCACAAUUUGUAUCAGUGAAAAAUUUUUGAGUAUGUUAAGCAACAAUCAGUCAGAGUUUACUGUCUUUCACUCUUAAGUAAUGGUUGUGUACUUCUGAGAAGUU